GUUUCCCUCGGCUCAUUUCAGCAUCGUCCACAGCAACAUGCAGAAUGGCAAGUGUGGAGACAGCCGCCGAACACGAACGAAUCCUGCGGGAAAUCGAGAGCACAGACCCCAACUGUAUCGGACCGACCCUCCGGUCUGUGUAUGAUGGCCAGGAACAUGGCCUGUUCAUGGAAAAGCUGGACGUACGAAUCCGCAACCAUGACAGAGAAAUUGAGAAGAUGUGUAACCAUCACUUCCAGGGGUUUGUUGACUCCAUCACUGAACUGCUCAAAGUACGAGGAGAGGCGCAGAAACUGAAGAGUCAAGUGACUGAAACCAACAAGCGUCUCCAGGAUGAUGGUAAAGAGCUUAUUGGCUCCAUGGAGGAGCUGAAACAGUGUCGGGUUCAACAGAGAAACAUCUCUACCACCAUAGACAAACUGUCACACUGCCUACCAGUCCUGGAGACAUAUGGCAGGCUUCAGGAGCAGAUGCGUGCUAAAAGGUACUACCCUGCUUUGCGGACUUUGGAGCAGCUGGAGCUGACAUGUCUUCCCAGGGCGGGCCAGUACCGCUUCUGUUCCAUCAUGGCGGAUAACAUCCCCAAGCUGAGAUCGCAUAUUCGGGACACUGCCAUGACACAGCUAAGAGACUUCCUGGAGAGCAUCCGGAAGCACUCGGACAAAAUAGGAGAGACUGCAAUUAAACAGGCCCAGGUGCAACGCUCAUUGGAUAGCUCCGUCCCUACACAGCCGAGGGCCCUGAUCGGACGACGCAGCAGACGGGAGGCAUCUGCAGCGACUGGGGUGGAGGACGACACACAGGGUGGCAGUCCCAUGUCGGAAAAGGACUCUGGCAUUCUGGAUGUGGAGGAAGAGGACGAGGAUGAUGAAGUGCCAGGAGCUCAUGACUUGGUGGAUUUCUCUCCAGUUUAUCGUUGUCUGCAUAUUUACACUGUGCUGGGCUUACGUGACACAUUUGAGAACUACUACAGAAAGCAGAGGAGGAAACAGGCCCGCCUUGUGUUGCAGCCACACUCUAACAUGCAUGAAACUUUAGAAGGAUACAGGCGGUACUUCAACCAGAUUGUUGGGUUCUUUGUUGUGGAGGAUCACAUCCUUCACACCACACAAGGUUUGGUGAACAGAGCAUAUGUUGAAGAACUUUGGGAGUUGGCACUUUCCAAAAUUGUUGCUGCCCUGAGAACGCACUCCUCAUACUGUGAUGACCCUGACUUGGUGCUGGAUCUGAAGAACCUUAUUGUCCUCUUUGCUGAUACUCUGCAGGGGUAUGGGUUCCCAGUGUCACAGUUGUUUGACAUGCUGCUGGAGAUGAGGGAGCAGUACGGAGAAAUUCUGCUCAAGAGAUGGAACAUCACCUUCAGGCAGGUGUUGGACCAGGACAACUACAGUCCGAUCCCAGUCUCAACAGAACAGGAGUACAGACAAUACACUUCCCAAUUUCCCCUGCAAGAUCCAGAACUGGAGAAGCUUCCCUUUCCUAAAAAGCUUCCCUUCUCUGAGUUUGUGCCAAAAGUCUACUGCCAGAUUAAAGAGUUCAUCUAUGCCUGUCUGAAAUAUUCCGAAGACCUACAUCUCAGUUCCACGGAGGUAGACGAUAUGAUCCGCAAGUCGACGAAUCUGCUGUUGACCAGAACGCUCAGUCACUGUCUGCAGUAUGCCAUUAAGAAGAAGAACGUCGGGCUGGCCGAGCUGGUCCAGGUCAUCAUUAACACUACCCACCUGGAGCAGAGCUGUCACUUUCUGGAGGAGUUCAUAUCCAAUAUUACCAACGUUCCUCCCGACACCGUAAAUGCUGCCAAGCUGUAUGGUACAUCCACGUUUAAGGAUGCUCGUCAUGCAGCUGAGGCUGAGAUCUACACCAGUCUGAACGCCAAGAUCGACCAGUUUCUACAGCUGGCUGAUUACAACUGGCUGGUAGCAGUGCAGGGAGGCGGGACGCUGGCUGCCAGUGAUUAUCUGGUUGACCUGAUUGCUUUUUUGAACAGCACCUUUGCCGUCUUUACCAACCUUCCCGGAACUCCUGUAGAACACGCAACCUUACCGGGUAAAGUGGCCCAGACAGCCUGCAUGUCUGCCUGUAAACACAUCUCCACGUCUCUGAUGCAGCUCCUGCUCGACCCCGAAAUCAGGCAGAUCUCUAUAGGGGCGCUGCAACAACUACAAACUGACGUCAUAGAGUGCGAGAGUUUUGCCAGCGCCGGCCCGGUCGCAGGCUUCCAGGGUGACACGUUGCUUCUGGCCUUCAGUGACUUGAGACAAUUGCUGGACCUGUUUACCCAGUGGGACUGGUCGACCUACCUGGCUGACUACGGCAAGCCCACCUGCAAAUACCUGAGGGUGAACCCACACAAUGCACUGGCCCUGUUGGAGAAAAUGAAGGAGAUGGGCAGGAGGAGCACCGUCUUCCAGUUCAGGAAGACCGACAGAGACCGACAGAAACUCAUAGACACCAUUAUCAAACAGCUACGCAACCUCAUCACACAGCACCACACCUAGAGCGAGCCGCCCUGUUGGCCAGCAGCCCGGAAAGCCGCCCCCCAGUCGCCGAGCUCAGCCAUCCAGCCUGGUCAAAGGACGACUCGGCUCACUUGUCCGACCUUGCAGCCUGUUGCUAAUCCACUCACCUUAACUUAGGGGACUGAGCUUUCAUCUGCGCCCUGUGGGAGCCAUGACCGCUUCACUACAUCUGUGAGAAACUCCGACCUCACCUGAGCAUCACCCUGUUUGGAUGGCUAAAGCCUGUUUAGUUCUCUCUUUAUGAAGACUAAAAGAAAAACAUCAUUGUAAAUAACUGCUUCAGAAAAGAAAGAAACUUGUCUGUCUAGGAAGUGACUGUUCUGUGCCAAGGUGGUUCUUCACAUGUAGAAACGCAUCAAGUAAUGACACAGUCCUUUACUAAAGUUCAAUGGCCGCAGUUAAACCUUUUAAAUUAAUUUCAUUUACACAACCUUCAGUGUUUCACUGGUUUCAUUACCAUCAAUUUGGUUAUAAUAGCUAUAUUUUUACCACCUAUCAAACUUGAAUCCACCUUAAUCUUAAAGCAGUUGUUUUAAUAACUUUGCGUCGCUUAGUACCAUCAGCAUAGGAAUAAAAAUUGAGGAAACGUGUUCAGUCCCAGUAUAAAUAAAUCUUAAUUUCCAGUGUUCGUCCUUGUUGAGCAUAAAUCUUAUAACUUGUUGCCUUAAACACAUCGUUGCUCUGCUUGUUGCCAUAGUAGCUGGAUGCUGUAGACACGGGUUAAUUGGCUGUAGAUUACAGUUGGUUCCUGUGGGACUGUUUCACAUUUUCACUGGUGAAUUCUCUCAAAGCAGUGAGACUUUGUUGUCUGUGCCGCGCUGUUCAUAUUUCUCCUCUAUAAAUGUACAGUAGGUGAUUUAGCCUCCUGCUCUGGCACAAACAACCGUUCUGUCUUCCACAUCGCUCUCCCUCACUUUGGAACCAUAGCGGACUAUAUUGAAUGUACACGAACGUCGUAUUGGGCGUGGCUCUGCAACGCGACGUACUUCAGAUCACGUGUUGGAGGUGAAAGUGGUGGGACUGAACAAAAUGUUGUUUCACUACAGAUUCUCGCUUUAGAUCGAGGCUGUUGUCAUGGCAACCGUCUUCCCCUUUUUUUCGUAUAUAACCUGUGAACACUUGAAUGUCUGCUCAGAUUUGGCAACUUUUUUCUUGGAUCAUGAUGCCUGAAAGCACACUCAGUAUUUAGGAUUUGAAAGGAGGUUGUCCAAGCAUGGCACAGUCAUUGUACAUGGGUCUUAAAGGUGCCCCAAACUGGCAACUAUUGUAUUGUGUUGCAUGGUUAAUUAAAUAGAGACUUGUUUCUGUAGAGAACAUAGUACUAACGCCAAGCACAAACACUUUGUCUUCCAUAAGCAUAGGUUGUAAUGUAAGCUGUGUGUACCAUUCGAGCUUGUACACGCAAACCUUUUAGAUGAAUGACAGCACAUACUUAUUAUUUUGAACUAAUAUGGGUCUUUUCACUCUUGUUGCUUUUGUCUUUAACAUGGGUGCAAUAAUGGUGUUGGAAACUGCAGCUCUUGUGUGUGUGAGUGUUAACUACUGUAGCGCUUUAUAAAGGGAUUCAAACCUACAACAUUUGUGUCUAAAGGGAAUUUCUUUUUUUCUGUGUUGGUGUAAGGGAACGAGGCUGCUGCUGUUUUCCCAAUGUGCCUUUGCUGUCCUUUUGUUUAGUUUUUCCUGCCUAUAAAGCGGCGACACUAGUCUUUGGACUCGGGACACAGUUUACUGAACAGUCAGAGCUGGACUCGGAAGGUUUGCCGUCGUUGUUCUUCAGACCGUUUGCAUCUACCCUGCCCGCUCUGACAGCAGUAAGUGUUCCCGUCUUCCACCCUGACCGUCUGAUGUGCUCCUGCUCCAGGUUUUGUCGCUUCUUUGUUUUGUAUUUUGUACGCAGUAAAUCUAUAUUGAGGCAGAAGCACUGUACACGCUGUUGUAUUACCACUAAUAAAUGAAACUAAAUACUAAUGAAAGUGCAACAAAUGAAAACAGAAAUGUAGAAUAAAUGGAACAAUUGUUUAAA